CCGUGCGCCCCUCUCCCUGCAGGACCGGGUGGCAGGGCUGCGGACGCGCAUGGCAGCAGCGGCGUGUGCGGAGGGGCGGGCGGGGCAGCGAGUGGCACACUGCUUCCUGGACGCGCUCACCACCCGCCUGCACGGCACUGGCGCCCUCCGCCUCUACAACGCUGCCUUCUCCCAGCGUGUGGGACGCGCGUGCGAUGUGAUGGGGCAUGGUAGGUUUGGCGCCCAUGCACAUGUGGUGGGCGUGCCGUGCCUGUCGUUUCCAGGCGGGGCAGCGGAGGUGAAUGGUGUGCAGGAGGUACAGAAGGCGAGGGGCGUUUGCAGUUCCUACCCCUCACCAGCCCAACAGGGGAAGACCACUCUGUUGUCACCGCACCACUCACUCCCUACUCGAUCUCAUAUUCGUCCCUUUGCUUCUCCCACCACCACGUGCUCCUCCCAUCUACCUGCUCUCUCCCUGUCGCCAUGCGCGCUGCCCCCUGCCAGGACAUGCUCCAGUCAGUCGCGCCAUGUGUACUUCACCACCACGCCCCAACCUUUCGUUCCUUGUCCCACCACGUUCCCCCCCGGUCUCCUCUCUCUCUUCCCCUUUGCAUCUCAGGACAUGCUGCAGUCGCGCCAAGUGUAUUUCACCACCACGCCCUUCAUCCCCUUCCUCUACGCCACCGCCUAUUCCGCCAUCCUGCAAACCUUCUCCCGCUCCUCUCGCCCCUCCCCUCCCACUGGCACCACCACCACCGCUCGCUAUCCUGCGUUCGAUCCGUGCGCGCCUCACGACACCCCCGUGUGCUCCCCCGUUACCACACAUCCUUCUGCGCCGGGCACCAGCAGCAGCAGCAGCAGCAGCCACUGCAGCGACGGCUCAGGAGAGUUUUCUUGCUCUGGGGAAGCAGCAGCAGCAGCAGGAGUGGGACGAGCAGCGUGUGAAGCAGGAGCGAAGAGCCAAAGGGAAGGCAUGCGGAGGGGGGCGCUGCACAUAGUCGACUUUGGAGUGUACCUGGGCGGGCAGUGGUCGCUGCUGCUGCGCCGCCUUGCCUGCCUGCCUGGCGGCCCCCCUCGCUGCGUGCGCAUCACAACCGUUGAUAACUGCCUCCGUGUCAGCCGAGCUGCCAAGCACUGCACACAGCGGUGCACAGCAGGAGCAGCGGCAGAAGCAGGGGCGGGAGCGGGGGAAGCGGCGGGAUGCGGAGCAGAUGGUGUAGGAGGCAGGGGAGUGGGAGACGUUCAGGUGGAGGAGGUGGGGAAUGCGGAGCAGUGCUGGGUGGCAGAGUGUGAGCGGCAGAAGCACGAGGAGCUGGGGAGGAUGCUCACAGCUCAGCUCACAGCAGAGGCAGCAGCGCUGGGCAUAGAGAGGUUUGAGCACCGCGUGGUGACGAUGAACAAGGACAACCUCGCUGAUAGCCUCUCCCAGGUGGAGGGCCGGCGCACAUGGCAGGGCCGCGGUGGCAGUGGGACAAGGAGGAUGCGUGGAGGGGUGCAGGAGGGGGGUCUUGAGGAGUGGCAAGGGGAGGGGUGUGAGGAGGAGGAGGAAGAGGAGAAGGAGGUGGUGGCGGUGUGCUGUUGUUUGGAGCUGCAAUACUUCCACGACAGCUCUGUCAUGCGUAGCAGCCCUAGAGAUGCUGUUCUCAAGGUGCGCUGCCUGCUGCCUGCUUUCAGUGGUUGCAUCACUGCGUGUGUGGGGCAGCGGGCCGUGGCACCGCACGAUGCUCGCAAUGCUUGGGUGGCCUCCCUCGCUCCGGACAUAUUUGCAUUCAUGGAGACUGACCUCUCUGCCAACGGCCCCUUCUUCCUCUCGCGCCUGCGCAACUGCCUCGACUACCACGCCGCGCUCUUUGAGUGCCACGAGGGCCUCUCUGCAUGCCCUGCCCCCAACCACGCGCCCCAGCCAACCAAACUCCACCAGCAGCGCAACCAGCAACCACAGCAGCAGCAGCACCAUCUGUCAACCGACGCACAGCCCUUUGCACAAGGCGCGGUGGGCAGUGCUGACACCAGCUGGUCCCAAGUCUGCAUGUCCUCUCUCUCACAAGCCACUGAGAAGCCCACACCACCCACCCCUGCGCCUUCCCCCCUCCUCGAAGCUCCCACUCGCCGCGACCACAUCCUGGCAUUUGAGCGGGCCUUCUUCGGGUACAACAUCGUGAACAUGGUGGCCACUGAGGGCAUGCAGAGGUCGGUGCGCCCGGAGAGCCUGGUGGAGUGGGCGCAGCGCAUUCGGCACGCGGGGUUUGUGCCGCUGGCGGUGCCGGCAGACGUGCUGGAGGAGGCGUAUGGCACCAUCCGCAGCACCCCCCUGGGGCUGGGCAUGCUGGCCACAGAGGGCGCAGCGCAGCUCACAUGGCAUGGCUGCCCGCUGCUCAUGUGCACUCUCUGGCAGGUGCCGUGGGUCAUGGGGCAGCAGGCACGGUGCCCCCGGCAUGAUUUAGCAGGAGGCAUGAUGAUGAUGAUGCACGAGCAGGCUGGGUCUAGCAAAUGGCCUGGAGCGUGGCUUGGAGGAGGGAGGGCGAGAGAGCGCGUCGGGCCUGCAUGGGCGAGGCACGGAAGGCUGGGUGGUGAUGGGGGAAGGCUCACAUGUGGGCGUGGUGGGGGCGGUGGUGUGCAGGAGGCGCAUGGCGAGGAGUCAGGCAGCAAGCGGCGGGCAGUGCAGGCGCGAGAAGUGGCCCUCGGGGCACACAGCAGAGCAGGUAGCAUGCCAGGUGCACACCUCCGCAACAUUCAGCUCUCAACACACUGCUGCUCCUCCUACUGCGGCAUCUGCCUUUCCUCCUAA